ACCCCGCCUUCGGUCCGAAGCAACACCGAGCACGAGGGCAUUCGACGACGACUUCCUCUCUCUCACGCUAGAGACGCGCAGUCGCGCAGAGUCCUGGCUUUUUGCCCCUUUCCGGCUUUGCCCCCCUUCCCCCCAAACCACACCGAUCCCAAUCCCGCCGUAUCCGGCGAACGCGCGCCGCGGCCAUGUGCAGCUGCUGAGAGAAGGAGCGAGCGCAACGACGCCACUGGCCAUGGACGAGGGCUAUUCCAACCUCCCCACCAGCCACCUCCUCGGCUCCGUCCCCGCUGUGACACAAGAUGACAGGAAAUUGGGUCCCCCCGCCGCCCAAGAUGCAGCUGCCACCUCUCGGUUGCAGGAGUUCCCACCUGGAGGUGGUAAUGUUGGAGGGUAUCGGCCACCAGGUGGCCCUGCAGAUGGAGAUGUUGAAAACCAAGCAGAUUGGAAAGGAUACUUCAAUGUUGCAUCUUAUGCUCCAUACUUCAAUGUUGAUACUGAUGUUGUAGUUGACAGGCUCAUCAGUUCAGUUUAUCCAAUGGAUGGUUUUUACAGGAAAAUUGAUGCUAAUCCUGACAUGUAUGGGCCUUUAUGGAUCACCACUACUCUGAUUUUCAUGCUUGCUGUGUUUGGUAACUAUGCCACUUAUCUGGUGCAAACUAAAAAGGAUAUGGACAUAUGGAACUUUGAUGUUGGUUAUUUCAGUUGGGCAGCAUCAGUCAUGUAUAGUUAUGCUAUCAUUGUGCCCGUCGUGUUCUUUUUCCUGUUUCAGUAUUUUGGAUCACGCCCAAGUCUUGUUCGAUUUUGGUGUAUGUGGGGCUAUUCUCUGUUUAUCUUCAUACCUGCAUCUGUACUUUUGCUUAUUCCUGUGGGAUUUCUUCAAUGGGUCAUCAUAGCUCUUGCUGGUGGUGCAUCAUCUUGGUUCAUCACUUUAAAUUUGAAGGAAUGCACUGAAGGAGCUGAUCUAAUGGUUCUGAUGGCUAGUGCAUCAGUGCUGCAAUUUGCUCUGGCACUGUUCAUCAAAGUUUACUUUUUCGCCUGAGGUUUGCUUGAUGAUUUUGCAAAGGUGACCUGAUGCGCCCUUUGCCCACGGCUUGUUCUGGAAUACAUCUUUUGAAAGGGCAUGGCAGACCAGUUCUACUCGACAUCGUGACAUACGUACUGACCCUAGAUUGUUAUGCUUUGGGCGUUCUUCAUUUGAAGUGUCUAAUCUGCAAGUCUCUAUCUAGCUAGGGAACAGAAUUUUACAGCGUGCCGUACAGAGUACCGAGUUUAGGCACCAAAGUCUUUCCACGUUGUUCAGUGAAAGCCCUUCACUUGGAUUUGCAUACAAUCCUUUCUUGGGUAAAGAUCUCCAGUGUGUAUUUGUGUGCUAGUACGUCUCAUCCGGUUUUCGAACGUCCAACUGACAACUGAUUUCGCAUAGCUCUUUUUUUUAAAAAAAAUGGUUUAGCGAAUAAAAUUAGCAUGCUCUAGCCACGAAUUUUCAACGAAAAAAGGUUUCCGGAUUUGUUUGCUAUUUAGCUCAGAAUUGAAGAUAAGAAGAGCCUUAUGGUCAGACGUGUAUCUUGGAAUUUUUGUAUGGUUGCAGAAGGGAAGGUCCUGUUCCUAGGAUCAAGAGAUUAGAACUAUGUAUAGUUUUUUCAAAGUAGGUUCAUGUAUGUUAUUAUUUCAAAUAAACUUCCUUUCCACAAAUUUCA